ACUGGCUGCCACACCGCGCAGGGACGGACGCAUCGCUGCAAUGGCCCCUUGGCUGCCCACCAAGAAGGAGAAGUAUGGAGUCGCUUUGUGGAACUUUUCGGGCACAAACGAGCAUCACCUGCCGCUGCAGAUCGGGGAUACAGUGCACAUCCUACAGGCCUCGGAGGGCUGGUACAGAGGGUACUCGCUCAGGAACAGAGCCACCUGGGGCAUAUUCCCUGUCACACUGAUUCACCUGAAGAGCGCCCAUGUGGAGCAGAGGGGGGCGGAGGAGAACAUUGUGCCGGUGGAGAUGCCGAUGGUGCAGGAAAUCACCACCACGCUGCGGGAAUGGGCCACCAUCUGGAAGCAGCUCUACGUGAUGGGGCAGAAGGAGCGAUACGGGCAGGUCAGGAGGAUGAUGUGUGAGCUGGUGGAGAGGCGCUCGCAGCUGCUCUCUGGGACGCUUCCCAAGGAUGAGCUCCUGGAGCUCAAGAAGGAGGUGACCAGCAAGAUCGACUACGGAAACAAGAUCCUGGAGCUGGACCUGGUUGUGCGUGACGAGAAUGGGAACAUCCUGGACCCCGACAGAACCAGCGUCAUCAGCCUCUUCCAUGCUCACAAACAGGCCACUAGUAUGAUCAGUGAGCGCAUCCAGGAAGAGAUGUGCUCUCAGCACAGCGAGCUGGAGUGCAGUGCUCACCUGGCCUCGCCCUCCCACAACCUCUACCUCUGCGUCCGCAACUUCGUCUGCAACAUCGGAGAGGAGGCACAGCUCUUCACGGCGCUCUACGACCCCGGCCAGCAGAAGAUGAUCAGUGAGAACUAUCUGAUCCGCUGGGCUAGCACGGGGGUCCCCCAGGACAUCGAGUUGCUCAACAACCUGAAGGCCAUCUUCACGGACCUGGGCAGCAAGGACUUGAAACGCGAGAGGCUCUUCCUGGUGUGUCAGAUUGUGCGGGUGGGGCGCAUGGACCUGAAGGAGACCUACACGCGGAAACUGAGCACGGGCCUCAGACGGCCCUUUGGCAUCUCGGUGAUGGACAUUACAGAUAUCAUCAAGGGAAAAUGUGAGAGUGAUGAGGACAAGCAGUACUUCAUUCCUGUGCACCUGGUAGCUGCUGAGAAUGACUUCCUUCACAGCAUGAUAAAGAAAGCAGUGGAAGGGAAAGAAAUCAACCACAAAGGACAAGGGUUCUGGGUGUCUCUGAAAAUGCUGUGGGGAGACCUGAGUCAGGUGCGGAAAGAUCAUCCUCACUUGGUGGAUCGCAGCACAGUUGUGGUCCGCAAGUUAGGCUUCCCAGAGAUUAUCAUGCCAGGGGACAUCAGGAACGACAUUUACCUCACAUUGGUGCAGGGCGAGUUUGACAAGGGGAACAAGAAGACGCAGAAGAACGUGGAGGUGACAGUGUGUGUCUGUGAUGAGACUGGAAACAUGAUGCAGAAUGUGAUUUUCCCGGGUGCUGGUGACAAGCCUUCAAGUGAAUAUCAUUCUGUGGUCUAUUACCAGCAGCGGCAACAGCGGUGGAUGGAGACAAUGAAGAUUGCUGUUCCCAUUGAAGAUGUCCACAGGACCCAUCUGAGAUUCACCUUCAGGCACCGCUCUUCCAGUGACUCUAAGGACAAAAGUGAAAAAUUUUUCUCCAUGGCCUUUGUGAAGCUGAUGAGACCUGAUGGUACAACCCUGCAUGAUGGUGAACAUGACCUCAUUCUAUAUAAGGGUGACAUCAGGAAAUUGGAGGAUGCCAGCUCUUACCUGAAUCUGCCUUUUAUGAGAAGUCUGUCAGAGACAAAGACCCUUUCUGGUUCCUCAUUCCGAGUGAGCGGUGGCAUGGCUGGUAUGGGCAUAUCUUCCCGGGACAGCUUCCAAAUCUCCACCCUCGUCUGCUCCACCAAACUGACCCAGAAUGUUGACCUUCUGGGGCUGCUGAAAUGGCGGUCGAAGCCCAACCUCCUGGCUGGAAACCUCCAGAAGCUAAUGAAUGUGGAUGGAGGAGAAGUCAUCAAGUUCCUUCAGGACACUCUGGAUGCCUUGUUCUCAAUUAUGAUGGAGAAUUCAGCCACAGAUGUCUAUGAUACACUCAUCUUUGAUGCCCUAGUUUUCAUUGUGGGGCUCAUUGCUGACAGGAAGUUCCACCACUUCAAUGCUGUUCUGGAGGCCUAUAUCCAGCAGCACUUCAGCGCCACACUGGCCUACAAGAAGCUGAUCUCAGUGCUGACACAGUACGUGGACUCAGCCAGCCGAGGGGAGCCCUGUGAGUCGCUCUUACGCACCUUCAAAGCCUUGGAGUAUAUCUUCAAAUUCAUUGUCCGCUCCAGACACCUCUUUUCCCAACUCUAUGAAGGGAAAGAAAAAACAGAAUUCCAGGCUUCGUUGCAGCAAUUCUUCCUGUCUGUCAAUCAGCUGAUGAAAUCCACACUGGAGAAUACAACCCUGCUAUCCCAGGGAGCCGCUCUGAAGUACCUGCCUUCGAUUCUGGAAGAUGUGUUUGGGAUCUUCGACUCCUCUGUGCUAGGGUGCUUGCUGCGGGAUUUCAUUGGGAACCUGCCCCCUCUGCGCCUGCUCAAGCAGAAGCUGCAGUCCAUGACGGAAAUAGUCAACAGCAAGAUCUUCCAGUCCUAUGAGUGUCGAGAGAUGCUGCUGCAUACUACAAUCCCCAUCCUCCAGGAGCUGAUUGCGAAGGGAGAGGAGGAGGAGGCUUGCAUUGAGCUGCUCAGCAAUAUCCUGGAGAUGCUGUACAAAGCCCAGAAGAGAGCAGAAGAGUGGCUGACACAUCAGAGUGGAGAAGAGAGACAGCACAGUGAGGACUCUGAGCUGAGGAAGGUGAAAGGGCACGUGCAGGUGAUUCUGGAGCAGCUGCUGCGCACUGUCAAUCGCAGGGUGAUUGGCCUCGGCCAGGAACACGACCUAAGAAGUCACUACGUGGCCUGCAUGGCAGCCAUCCUGAACCAGAUGGAUGAGGCCCAUUACAGCUCCUACAUCCAGGCCUUCUCAGCCCGGACCGACCUGGUGGACUUUCUCAUGGAGACCUUCAUCCUGUUCAAGGACCUGAUCGGCAAGACGGUGUAUCCCUCUGACUGGAUGGUGAUGAACAUGGUGCAGAACCGGUGA